GUAAAGAUACAGGAGCCCCAUCCUCCUUUCCAUAUGUUCACCUUACUUAGUACUCUUGCUCCUCCCUCUCUGCUUUGUGCUACAGGUUGAACUCACCAGUGGUUUAGCGUUGUUGCUCACUGAUUUCCCAUUGGCACCACAUCUCUCGUUGCAGAAGACGGCCAUACCAUGUCGUCUGACCAGACUUCUCACUCCACUGUGCCGCCUCUCCACUCGCCAAAGUCACCCGUGUGGCCUAUUUUCCCCUUUAACAGGGAAGGAAGUCGGAUCUGUGAGAGGGGUACCCACCUUCUUCGGGACUUACCCAGCCCCCUUCCCACCAAAAGAACCAGGACAUACUCUGCGACGGCUCGUGCCUCUGCUGGUCCUGUCUACAAGGGUGUAUGUAAGCAGUUUUCGCGCUCCCAGGGCCAUGGUUUCAUCACCCCAGAGAAUGGCACAGAGGACAUAUUUGUACAUGUUUCCGACAUCGAGGGGGAAUAUGUCCCAGUAGAAGGAGAUGAGGUCACAUACAAAGUCUGCCCCAUCCCACCAAAGAAUCAGAAGUUCCAAGCUGUGGAGGUGGUGCUCACCCACUUAGCUCCGCACACAAAGCAUGAAACGUGGUCAGGCCAGAUAAUUGGCUCGUAAACUGCUCUUUGAGCCUGCAGGCCAACUCCACCCAGAAGUGGAGUUGGAUGGUGUGGUGGGUGGUGGAACUGCUGGAGCAAUGGAAGAGGCCAGGCUGGCAAUCCUUGUUUGCAUUGUGACAUGUUUGCGUUUAUAUUUUGUCUUUUCUAAGACUUACCUUUUUGUUUGUAGAUGUGCUUUUCUCAAGAUGGCAAAUGGGAAGUAGAGGGUGCUACUGGGAGGUUUUCUUUGUAUGUGUUAAGAGCUCCUAAAUGUACCUGAUUGGGCAAAGGCAGAGCUCCUAUUGUGUGUAUGUGUAUGUAUAUCCAUCAGAAAGACUGAUAUUUAUUUUGCUGGUACCCUGCACGCAUUAACAAAAAAAUUAUCUACUAUCUUCGUCCCUUUAACAGAUUCUCCUGUUGCUUUCUCAACAGGGGCUGUGUCCAGGUAGCCCUCCCAUUUGCAUUAAGCUCUCUUCAUGGACACAACAGGUACUAAGUCACAGAUGGGAGAGUCAUAGCUGUCCAGAUGUUUUGGCCUACAGUCACCAUAAUCCCUUACCAUUGGCUAUGCUGGCUAGGGCUGAUGGGACUUAUAGGCCAAAACAUCUGGAGGGCCACAUGUUGCCCACCCCUUUAUUAAGUGACACAGUAAUGGAUUGCUCUGGGGAUAAUUCUACAUAGUGUCAAAGUAUUGGGACCGUAGUGUCUGCCAGAGCCUUUCUGAAAUUGUGUCAUUUACAAAGAUACUUGAAGGUGUUCUUGUUUUCCCAGCCAUCCUGCUCUGUGUAAGGGAAGGGAACACUGGACUCGCACUUGAUGGCACUUUUCUUGAUCGCUGCCAAUCUUUGUCAAUAAUGAUCAGUGGCCUGGCUAGGUGAGCUUUGGAUAAGAUUGCUAGUCUAGUGCCAAUGCUUGCUUUCGCCGCUUGUAUUUCAGGCACAACAGACAUAUCUGAAGCAGGUUGUGCAAAGAAGCCAGUAGGAGGCAUCACUCAAGAAGUAGAGUUUCUGAAUUAAUCAACAUGUGAAUGCUGCAGUAGUAUUCCCUCUGGGUUCUGGUAUGCUACAGAGAAAUUACUAGUUUACAUUGUCUCCUGUUUUAAGCAGGUGACUAGACUUUGAAGGAGAUUGAGGUUCGGAUUUAAUGGGGCCCCUGGACAUAAUCGUGAAAGUGAUCCCACUGUUGGAAGUGGCUUUAGAGCCAUUGGAUCCUGUGGUGUUUCCAUUCCCCAGUGCGCAACAUGAAUUACUUUUCACCAGAUGUGCUGAGUAUUCAGGUUUGGGGUAUUUUUAUGUGGCAGUUUGGGUACUUAAUCCUUCAGGAAAAUCAUGAGUAGGCAUUCUUGUGAAAAUGCUGGCCUGUAACUUCUCUGUGCCGUUGAUACAGGUUUAUUCAUUUUUAAUUGCUGUAGAAAUACUUACCCCUUUUUUACAUGCUUGCUCUGCUGCAGAGCCUGUUCAGUGGCUGUUUCUAAGGUGAACGGAAGAGAAGUGGGGCUGAGAUGGGGAAUAUAAAUCUGAAGGAAACAUUAGUACAGACCUUUUCAGGGCAAGCAGAUUGCUCAUGUAGGCACGGCCAGUUAAUGCAAUUAUCAGUAGGUUUUUUUUUUUGGUUUUGUAAAAGAUGGUCCUACCAAGUUUACAUUUUGGUGUCUUUUGCUUUUGAUUACACAAAUAAGUCAAUAAAAGUUUGCAAAUAACCCCUCACUUGUGGCUAUUUAAGGGGGAACAUUUCUAGGUUCUUUAGACUUCUCCCCUCCUCCCGCCCAUACUGCAGUGGUUUGUUACAUUUUUGGCAUUGUGUUGCUCACAACCUGUUGUGCUGUAUGUGCUGAUCCUAUUUGCACUCAGUUCUUUCUGCCCUACAUAGUGAAGUUCUGUUUCCCCUUUACUCCUAAAGUAAAUGCAACUGCACUAUUUGGAGUCACGUUAGUGUCUUAAAUUGCAGCAAAAUGUAAUGUCAGAAGGACAAUAUAUCUGCCAAUUUCUGUUGGUUUCAAAUGGAGUGUGUGUUGGUUUUUGGAUUUGGGGUCUUCUGUGUUAAAUAGACAUGUCAUCCUGCUGAUAUUACAUUUUCCAUAUAUAUUAGAACGUAAGUAUUGCCCGUUAAGGCAUUUGUCUCUCCCGAAAGUAAUGCAAAAAGGAAUCCUUGCGAUGAAGGCAUCUUUGCUAGAAAAAGAAUCUGUUGUAAUAUUUGAAAUAGAAUAGAGCCACUGGGAUGCGUCGGCUUUAUCCUCUUGGGCUGUGUAUGGUGCUUCUUGGCAGUGGGAAUCUGCUUGGAGAAUAGCAUUUUGUUUGCUUCAUCUCCAGAGAUGUGGGCUUCAGUACUGUCUGCAUGUGUUGUAUUUCUGAGUGUUGCAGAUGAUGUAUUUCCUCAGGAUGGAUGGUUGGGCUAGUUCUCCCACUCUUCCUUCUGUUAUACUAACUCAGACAUUUUGAUGCUUACCCUUUGUGUGUCUAGUUCUGUAGUCAAUGAGGGUGAUGUGCAAAAGAGAUGGAGGAAUGGGUGUAUCACUGGCAAGAUUUGUGGGGCAGUAAUAGAUUAUGGGGUCCUAGUGGCAUUGUAUUGAGUGUUUUCUUUGGUUAUGUUUUGUUUCUGCCCAGUCUUCCCGAAACAUUUUAUGUCUCUCCCCCAGGAUAUACAGGGUCAUGUCUAAAAGCACAAACCUGAUUUCUAAUAAUCUUCUAGAUGUUCAAAGUAGAAAGGUUUUCCCAGGAUAAGGGUGUGCAUGCUAGGAGUGUGCAUGGUGGUGACAAACAAUCUAAAUUUAAGUUGACUGAGAAGUCCAAAGCUUCUUGGGCAAUACUAUAUCUGAGGUUGCUUGACGUUUGGGAGAAUCUAUAUGUGCAUCUUGACUUGAGUUGCUGCUGCACUAGAGCGAAGUUCUACUAGCGAAGUGGAAGUUGUAAGCAUGUUUGGGUGAGGCUGAGGACUUAGUGUGAUGCCUCUUGGGUGAGUUGAGGGGUUAUGGGCUGGAGUACAUCAUUAAGAAAGGAUCUAACCUUCCCUUGACAUGCUAGUUUCGACAUACAGGGAACUUUAUGUGGAUGAGCAUUCAAAAAUGUCAUAACCGUCCCCAUGACCUACUGUGAUGCAGCACAGUCCAGAAAGACCCUCCCAUGUGAAUUUACUGCAUCUGUAACUUACUCUUAUGAACUCAUAUGAGUGGUCUCCAAGCAGUACUAUACAAGAAGUCUGCUAGCUAAAUUCUAGGGAAGACCCUGGGGUUUUUUUUGCUCCUAAUUCUUGUUCCUUAUGAGAACAUUCUGUGUCCUUUUGGAUGAAAUGACCAACAUUCACAAUUAUCUUGGAAACAAACUACACUUAAGGGGGCCACAGAAGAACUUCUUUGUAUAUGAGGUCAAGUGGGUGGGUGCAGUGAAUUUUUAAAAGGCAUUUCAAAUAGUGGAGCUCUUGCUGUGCAUAAAUAUAGGCUUGUCUGGGCCUUUUCCUCAAGAUGCAAUAGCUGCCCUCUACCCCAAUAAAGGAACAAAGAACAGAUAAUAAGGAAGCCAUUUUCCCUCCCCUCCAAGGCGUAUCCCGGCCCAUGUAUGUGACCUGCUUCCUGUGACAGUCAAGGGACUUCCUGCUCACAUUAAACACCAGCAGCUCCUAGCCUCUGUCCCUCUCCUUCAAGGUGCAAUACAAGUGGGGAAUGUCACAAAAUUGUAACUUCCCUCUGGGAACGCUUUGAUCCUUUAUGAAAUAACCUUGUUACCUAUAGUGUGUCUGUGUUUUUACAACUUUUUGUGUGGUCCUUGCCUGUCUGACCCCAUGUUGACCUUCGUAACACUGGCAAUAAACCAUUAAAGUGACUUUCC